AUGCAAUGUGGGACAUGGCACAAGAAUAUUCAAGCUACAUGUAUCAUCCACAUUUUCAUCCACUAUUCAUUCACUAGGGUACUCUUCGGUAGCAAGCAAAUAGAGCUUGAUAAGCCACUUACACGUUAUUGUAGUAUUGAGGGUGCAACGUUAUUUACUGCAGAUAGUGUAUAUGGUGGAGGGUGUUCAUUUCUCUUUUUAAAUGAUGAGUUAUUAGAGCCAGCAUUUGAUGAUGACUUCACUCAUAUCACUGAUGAUGGGAGGGUAUUCAAAAGAGGAGGGUAUCCUUACAGGCGACCAUACGGUUGGAACAGGGUGGUAGCGUUAAAAGUAAAGGGACAGUAUGAGAAUGAUGUCUGGUUGGGAGCUCCUCAUCAUUGCACUGAAAGCUCACCAGGAGAAUGGCCAGUAUCUUAUCAUGGAACAAAAGAGAUAGCUUCAAUAAAGAUAGCAGAAGGAGGAUAUGAUGGAGACAAGUGUAGUGCUGAUGCUAAAUUUGGCAAAGGCCAUUACUCUACACCUAAUAUUGAUCAUGCUGCAACACAUUCAGAUCCGUUUGAAGUGGAUGGCAAAAAAUACAAAGUUGUCAUACAAAAUAGAGUAAAUAUAAGGAAUAGUAAAAUAAUACCAAAGGAUAUUACUGGCUAUGGAGCUGAUUACUAUGUGACACAAUCCAGUAAUGACAAACGUCCUUAUGCAGUGUGUAUCAAAGAAGCAACAUUCUAA